AUUCUUCACCUCGCUCACAACACAUCGGAAAUAGAGCGGAGGGUCCAUGCUGUGAUUGACAAAUUUGCAGAGCGUGGACUUCGAUCGCUGGCUGUAGCGUAUCAGGAAGUACCAGAUGGGAGGAAAGAAAGCCCUGGUGGCCCAUGGCACUUUGCUGGUCUGAUGCCACUUUUUGAUCCUCCUAGACAUGACAGUGCUGAAACAAUCCGGAGGGCACUUAACCUUGGUGUUAAUGUCAAGAUGAUCACAGGUGAUCAGCUCGCCAUUGGAAAGGAAACAGGGCGUCGCCUGGGAAUGGGUACAAACAUGUAUCCUUCAUCUGCUCUGUUGGGGCAGAAAAAUUCAGACGAGUCCAUUUCUGCUUUACCAGUUGAUGAUCUCAUUGAGAAAGCUGAUGGUUUUGCUGGCGUCUUCCCUGAGCACAAGUAUGAGAUUGUGAAACGCCUGCAAGCACGAAAGCACAUCUGUGGAAUGACGGGUGAUGGAGUAAAUGAUGCUCCAGCUCUAAAGAAAGCAGAUAUUGGUAUUGCUGUUGCUGAUGCCACUGAUGCAGCCAGGAGUGCUUCAGAUAUUGUCCUCACAGAACCAGGCCUCAGCGUGAUCAUCAGUGCUGUGCUUACCAGUCGUGCAAUUUUCCAGCGUAUGAAGAACUACACUGUAUGUGAUA